AAAACAACUAAACUGCAAACCAAAUAAUUCAAGCUAUGAAAUUUCAUACAUACAGUAUUAUUCAAUUCAAUUUUAUAUAUCUUCAUCUAUAGAAAACAAUUUAGAGAGACAUGUCUAAUUCAAAGGACGAGAAAGCACAAGUUGCAGCUGAUAAAAUCAAGGCUGCAACACUUACUGCUGCUAAAGGGCUAAGUCGUACUCAAGCGGAGCGAGCAGCAGCUGCAGCGGCGAGAAACGUUAACGCUUAUGGGCAAAAGGAAGAAGGUCCGAGUAGAUGGCAGGAGAAAAGAGAAUUAAAGAGGCAGAUGUAUUUGAUGAGUACCGAGAAAGCGGUUAGGCUUGGUGAAAGGAAAGACAAAACUAUGUCAGCUUCUGCCGUGGGAAGCAGUGCUUCGGCGGCUUCACUGUGCCAGAAAUGUUUCCAAACUGGACAUUGGACUUAUGAGUGUAAGAAUGAAAGGGUUUAUAUCUCGAGACCUUCGAGAACCCAGCAGCUUAAGAAUCCUAAACUGAGAAUGAAGCCUUCUAUUGAUGAUCUUGGUGGUAAUGAUGAUGAUGAUGAUGAAGAAAGGCCAGAUGCAACUAAUGGGAAAGCAGAAGUUGAGAGGCGGUCUAAGAAGAGUAAGAGAAAGCAUAGGUCAAAGUCUGAUUCGGGAAGUGACAGUGAAGCCUCUGUGUUUGAAACAGAUAGUGGUGGCUCAUCUGGAGAGAGUAGUUCAGAAUACAGUUCAUCUUCGGACUCAGAGGACGAAAGGAGGAGGAAAAGAAAGGCAAAGAAGAGCAAGAAGAAACAAAAGCAGAGUAAAGAAAGGCGAAGAAGAUACAGCUCUUCUUCGUCGGAGUCAUCUGAAAGUAAUCACAAUGUAGUUGGAUUGUUGAUAAGGCAUUUUGCAACGAAACCCAAACCCAAGAUGAAACCGAUCGAGCUGAACACACCACCGGAGCAAACCCAGACGAUCACCCGAGUGAUCUUUGAUAUUUUGAAAGAUCAUGGACCUCUCACCAUUGCUGAAACUUGGGAUCGUGUGAAGGAAGUGGGAUUAAGAGGGCUGACGAGCAAGCGUCACAUGAAGAUUAUACUAAGAUGGAUGAGAGAGAGACAGAAGCUGAAGCUGAUAUGUAACCAUGUUGGUCCUCACAAGCAAUUCUUGUACACUACUUGGUUCACUAAACACAACCCUUCUAAGUUUUCCAUCUCACCGGAGAAACUCACAGGAAAAUCCUCUGGCCACCCUAAGCUUCCCUGAGCCGACUCUGUUAAUUUUUAAGGCUUUGUUUCUUGAAUCUUUGUUUUACUGUUAUGUAAUUAAAAACGUGUUUCUUGACAAAUUUCUCUCAAUGUUUCUGCUUAUAAACAAUUUUAUCAUCA